AAUAACUGUACAUUUUAUUUUUACAGGAAUCGUGGGAAAACAAAAUGAGGCAUAAUCAGCUGUGUUGUGAGACACCACCUACUGUCACUGUACAUGUAAAAUCAGGGUCAAAUAGAUCACAUCAGGCUAAAAAACCCAUUAAUCUGAAGCGUCCUAUUUUUAAAGAUAGUUGGCCAACAUCUGAAAAAAAUGCACAUAAUAGCAACAAAUCUAAACGCCCCAAAGGACCCUGUCUAGUUAUACAGCGUCAAGAAAUGACUGCUUUCUUUAAAUUAUUUGAUGAUGAUUUAAUUCAAGAUUUCUUAUGGAUGGACUGCUGCUGUAAAAUUGCAGACAAGUAUCUUUUGGCUAUGACCUUUGUUUAUUUCAAGAGAGCUAAAUUCACUAUAAGUGAGCAUACCAGGAUAAAUUUCUUUAUUGCUCUGUAUCUGGCUAAUACAGUUGAAGAAGAUGAAGAAGAAGCCAAAUAUGAAAUUUUUCCAUGGGCUUUAGGGAAAAACUGGAGAAAAUUGUUCCCUGAUUUCUUAAAGUUAAGGGAUCAACUCUGGGAUAGAAUUGACUAUAGGGCUAUUGUAAGCAGGCGAUGCUGUGAGGAGGUUAUGGCCAUUGCUCCAACCCAUUAUAUAUGGCAACGAGAACGCUCUGUGCAUCACAGUGGAGCUGUUAGAAACUACAACAGAGAUGAAGUUCAACUGCCCCGGGGACCUAGUGCCACACCGGUAGAUUGUUCACUCUGUGGUAAAAAAGGAAGAUAUGUUAGACUGGGAUUGUCUUCAUCAUCGUCUUCAUCCAGUGAUACAGCAGAGGUGGUGGAGAAACAUUCUCAGGAAUCACACAACUCAUUCUCAAUGGACAUAAUAGUUGAUCCUUCUCAAGCUUAUAGCUAUUCUCAAGCCAAAGACCAGCAAUCAAACAAAGAAAAGAAAACUAAUUUCAUGAAGAAAGACAAAUCUAUGGAGUGGUUUACAGGAAGUGAAGAAUGAGAUGGCUCAACUAAACCAACCUGGAAUCAUUAACUACAAAAUGUCAAACUAACUGCAAGACAAGUGUCAAAAUGGGACAUUUAAGCAGUUUUGAAAUGUUACAUGUCUUUCUUUAGCUUUCAUUACUUUUCAGAAUUACACAUAAAAAUUAUACAAAUCAUAGCUAAACAUACCAAUUUAUGAAAGUAGUGAUUUGCAAUAUAAAGUUCUAUUUUGA